AGCUCGAGACGUGCGUUCUGCGCGUCCACCCGUGAGACGCAAUGGGUAGCGCAUUCUCGGGCGCCAGCAGCUACACGGCGCCGGCGGAGAUUCCCACGCGAUGGUUCCCGGACUUUGAACAGGAGCUGCCCUCCUUGCAAGGGAAGGUCUUCUGCGUCACCGGCUGCACCUCGGGCACCGGACUGGUGGCCGCCACGACCGCCGCGAAGAAAGGAGCACAUGUGGUGAUGUUAAAUCGCCAGAGAACAGAUGCCAGUCUGGCGCCGCACUGCCGGGAGCAUCCCGGAGCAGGCGACCGCGCCGUGGCCGCUGAAAAGGCCUUGCGGGAGCAGGUGCCGGGCGCUGAGGUCACAAGCGUGGAGUGUGAUUUACAAGACUUCGAGAGCGUCCGAUCUGCCGCGCAGAAACUGAAGACGAUGUUUAAGAGCAAGGGCGUGGAUGUCUUAUGCAACAAUGCUGGAGUGAUGGCUCUGGCUGAUCAGGCCACAAAAGAUGGCUACGAUGUGCAGAUGCAGACGAACCACUUGUCCCAUUUUCUCCUCACCAAGGAGCUUUAUCCUCUCCUGCAGAAGGCGGCCGAUCAACGGGGCGAGGCCCGUGUGGUCCAACACACCUCAGGUGGUCGCAAGUUCCCGACCACUGAGCUCCAGGCCAAGUAUCUCCAGAAGAAUGGUGGCAACCUGGGCGGCAAUGGCAGCUCCAUGUUCUUCGGCGGCGCACGCUGGGAGAGGUACCACCAGACCAAGCUGGCCAACGCUGUUUUUACUGUGGCCAUGGAUGACAGGCUCAAGGCCUCCAAUUCCAAGGUGAAGGUCUGCUGCGCAGCACCCGGCUUGGCAGCCACCAACCUGCAGGUCACCACAAGCCAAGACGAUGGCUUCCACGCGCAGUGGAUCAUGCGUUUUGGACAGUCGGGUGAAGAUGGCACCAUGCCGCUGCUGCGGUGCUGUGCGGCACCAGGAGUGGAAUCGGGCGACUUCUAUGAGCCUGAAGGCCUCGGGAACAUCAAGGGUUUGCCGGCGAAGUUCACUCCGGAGCCCAUCUGUACGAACCCGCACUCGAGUCGGAUCCUCUGGGAGGAAAGUGAGAAGGCCUGUGGUGCCUUCAAGGUGGAAUGAGUGGAGAAAACCUUGAGCACUCGGACGGAGCAACUUACCCGGAACUCAUCGGCGACUGCGAAAUGGAUUGGGCGCUCUUCGCACAAGCGUAGAGACACGGUGAGCCAUGGACAUGGAAAAGGAAGAAGCUUAUGUAACAAUCAGCGUUUGAGCAUGUUUGAGCCAUUCGCUGGCGCGGGAUCCUGGGAUGUGUAGAGAGCAAAGAGACUUGACUCUAGCUGCGAACUGUUGUUGAAGAGACCCUCCAAGAAGGAACUGGAAGACAACUC